AUGGAAUUCUUACAGACAAUUCUACGGAUAUGUAACUACAAAGGAGGAUACUAUAUGAGAUUGAACAAUCAAGGGUACAAAUACUAUGAUGACAUGAUUGUUGCUUGCGUCCAUGGUGCGUGGCGCUGUCCAUUCGAGAAUGACGAGUAUAUGCGACGUCGUUGGGAAGUCGACGGCUGCCACGUACGAAGUUGUCCCAAAGCAAGUGGAGCACCAUUAGAGGUGUUGCGAGACGGUCUUCUGGAUGUAUUGGGUGUGCAUAUUAGUAUUGAUACGAAAGGGAAUGCGUAUCAAGGUGAUGGUAAUGGAGAAGAUGCGUCGAAUGAUAUGAAGAAGGAGAAAUAUUAUGCGGAAUGGUGGUAUAUAUGA